AAAUUACGCCUAAACAGAUCCAAGAAAUCAAAGACUUUUUGCCCACAGCCAGAAAGAAAAAUGUGAAAUCUGUCAUAAUCAAGAGAAACAAUGUCAAAUUCAAGGUGCGUUGCAGCAGAUACGUCUACACUCUGGUCAUCGAGGACAGAGAGAAGACAGAGAAGCUGAGAUUGUCAUUGCCACCAGGUCUGGCAGUCAUAGAGCUUAAGUGA